AUGGAGGUUGCUUCCGUAGUUUGGAUUGUUCUGGGCAUGACUUUUCUAGUCACUCUCACGGCAGUCUUGUCCACGACAUGUUUGGGGCCUUUGCUGCUGCGCUGCUGCUGCUGCCCCUUUUGCUGCUGCUUCCGCGCCCUUACGGGCAAAGAGCUCUUCCCCAAGGCUUCCACUUUGCCCCUUUCCGACGCCUCUGAGGGGCCCCCGGGGGGCCCCCCUGCCUGCAGCUGCUGCGAGCUUGCUGCAGCACACCCUGCUGCUGCUGCUGCUGCUGCUGCAGCAGCAGCGCCCGCAGACUCCGACCCCCUCGUCCCCUCCCCCCAGCAGCAGCAGCAGCAGCAGCAGCGCAGCAGCAGCAGCAGCAGCCGCGCUCCCCCGCCUCCUGCUGCUGCUCUGCAGGGGGAAGCCGCCCGCCCCGCAGCCCCAGCAGCAGCAGCAGCAGCAGCAAGGAGCGCUGCUGCUUCUGCUGCUGCAGCAGAAGCUGCUGCCAACUUGUGCGCCCCCGAGAGGCCCAAAGGCCCCUUCGCUCCUGCUGCUGCUGCUACAACUAUUACCAGCUGUACAGACACCCCAGCAGCAACCAACACGCCCGCAGGCCUGUCCACUCCUGCUGCUGCUGCUGCUGCUGCUGCUGCUGCUCGAACAGCAGCACUUCCUUACUCCUUUUCUCCUGCUGUUUCCCCCAUUUCAGAAGCAGGCAGUCCGUCUGCUGCUGCUUCCAGGCGCGCCGCAGCAGCAGCAGCACCUGCAGCAGCAGCAGCAGCACCUGCAGCAGCAGCAGCAGCACCUGCAGCAGCAUCAGCAGCACCAGCAGCAGCAGCAGCAGCGCCCAAGGAGGACGAGCCGCAGCUCGUGCACAUGACGCUUGCUGCUCUCGCUGCAGCAGACGCAGCAGCAGAUGCAGCAGCAGCAGCAGCAGCAGCAGCAAAACAGCCGGGCGGGGCCGUCGCCGUGGGUGUGGGGCCCCCCGCAGCAGCAAAAGGCAGCAGAGGAAGAAGGGGCCUCGUCUUAAGGGCCCCUCCUGCUGCAGCAAAUGCUGUUUCUGCUGCUGCUGCUGAGAGUCUUGAAGCUCUUGUUUGA